UGAAGGAAUUGAGCAACUACACCAGGAGAUGAAUAUGUUUGGAGAUAUGACUUUCGAAGAGUUCCUAUCGAGUCACGGUGGCGCCAGCGUCGAUCCCAAGAAGCGAGAGCGAGGCUGGAAGGACAGACCUGUGACGCGCCGGUGGCGCCGCCAGACGCCGACUUCGUUCCCGAUCACCUACGUGCCCGUCGGUCUCUAUCCGAACUCGAACGAGUUCAAGGACUGGACGAGAACGCACGGGACGAACCCGUACGGUCAACCCGAAUCGUGCAUAAGCAGCCGAGUACACGACCAGGGCAAGUGCAACUCGACCUGGGCUCACGCGACGGUGGAGACCCUGGCGGCUGUCUGGUGCAUUAAGUUCGGUCAGUCAUGGCGUCUGAGCGCGCAGCAACUGAUCGACUGUGACUACGGCAACUACGGCUGUUCGCAAGGCGGCGAUCCUUACUACGCUCUCGAGUACAUACAUUUCGAGGGCAUCAGCGAAUCGAGGUUCUAUGCGGAUCACCCUGACACCAUCAGUCAGGCUCUGCCGAAGCAAUGCGUGCGUGAUGUGCCUCGAACCCCGGUAAAGGUUGACGAAGCAGGCCUGGAAAGCAAAGAGGCGAACCUAUAUAGUCUGCUGCAGACAGGUCCUGUCAUCGUGGGGCUCAACGUUGAACCAUUGCAGUUCUACAAGGAAGGAAUCAUUCGAUGACAAUACGGCUCCAAAAUCACCGCUAUCCGAAAACAUCCAGGC